CUUCAAGUUUUUAGCGUCACUCUCUGUGAAAAAAUAUCGCCAUGGAUUCUCGUUCUGGAGGAAAAAUUGUAACUAACAGGCGAAAGAGAUACGCCGUUGGUCCAUAUGACCGUCCACAACAACCACCACCGGCAGCGGCGGCGGAAGAACCGUUUCUCAAAAGCCCUAAUUGGCUCACUGGACAUGUUUUUCCGGCGACACGUACGAUUCUCUCCGGUGCCGCUAAGAUUCUGACUUCUGUCUUCAAUUCCGACUCUUCUUCUUCGUCUUCGUCAGGCAGCGAUUCCAUGUUUGAGGAUGAUGACAGAGAAGAGAAUGAUAUUUGCUCGGAAGUGGAUGAGUUAAACAAGCAUCCUCAAUUACGUGGAGAGAGAAGUCAAACCAAGCACCUAAUUGAGCAACUACUUAUGCAGGAGACAUUUUCAAGGGAGGAGCGUGACCAGUUAGUAACGAUCAUCAACUCAAGGGUUGUGGAUUCUUCAUCACUUGAAGGGAAAGACAGUUUGGAUACGUUGGACCACAGUAGUCAAGCAAUUAUAGAAGCGAGGAAAUGGUUAGAGGAAAAGAGAGAUGGACUCCAUUCAGAUAAUACUCUCGGAGGUGUAAGCUCUGUAGUUAAUGUGGAUGAUACUUUUGGCUCACCUGUAGAAAUGGCCAAGUCAUAUAUGAAGGUUCGUCCACCGUGGGCAUCCCCUGCUGUUGAUAAUAGUGGACUUAGAACCCCCUCACAAAUGAAGGCAAAGCUUUUUGACGAAGAAGCUCCAUAUUCUGUCAGUGGUGAUUCUCUGUCUUCCUUGAAGAAAAAAAGUUCUUAUGCAUCUGGGUCAUGGAAUAUUCAUGAGGAAAUACGAAAAGUCCGGUCAAAAGCCACAGAAGAUAUGUUACGUGCCCACCCUUCCAAGGAAACUGACUACCAAUUACGUUUGGUAGAACGCAAAGCAGAGCCAAAAUCUGCAGUUGGUGAUUUAACAGGAACCAGUACCGCGGAGAAGAUAAAUGACUCAAGUUCUUUGAGACUUGCUAAACUGUCAGAUGUACCCAUUAAGUGGUCAGAUGUGGAAAUAACACAAGAUGGUGGAGAAACUGAGAAUGGGCCUUUAAAUGCUGCCUCUUCUAUUCAGCUGCAAGAUCAGGCAGUUUGGGUUGGUGAGCAAGCUUCUCGUGAAUCUUACAUGCAUACUGGUUCAGUUUUCCCCUCUGAGCACAAUGAUGGUCUUCAUAUAACUGCCUCUGACGCACAUGAAGUGACUCGACCAAAUUUAGCCCCAAGUUCUAAUGGAUAUACAUCAUUAGAUGCUAGUUUGUCUGCAGGUCAAAGUAGAGGACAAAACGACUCACACAUUGGUGAUGAGAAGCCAAAACCAGGAACAUCAAGUCAGGACAAGUCGACUAAAUCUCACCAAGUAGCGGAUAAGUGUGAAUUUCUUAGCGAAUCUGCUGUGGAUGUACCAGACAUGAAUGAAACAAUAGAGAGUCCUGCUGCUUCCAUUCCUAGUGAAGAUAUGUCGCAGGAGGAACCAGUCUUGGCACGUGACUUGGCAAAGAACGGGAAAGUUGUGAAGCAACAAGGAAAGAGACCGGUGAGAAAUGUUCGAAAGACCACCAGAGCAAAGAGGUAAGUGAUGAUAUAUGUAGACCAGGCAGUCUGUAGACCUGAAAUUGUUGUAUAUUAGCUUUACUAAAAGAAGAAAUUUAAGCUAUUGUAGGAGGAUCCUUGAUUCAUCUUUCCCUUCUUUUUUUCGAAAGACCACGUUGUGUAGUAUUUAUUCGUAAGUUCAUGUAGGAGACUUCACCACUCUCUAUCUCAUUAUAAAUUUGAGGUUUUUAAA